AUGGAUUUACUUUUCAAUGAAUUUAUAGGUGAUAUAGCAGUAUCUAAAAAAGAUCGAGCAGUUAAUGGAAGACGUGAAUUAUUUUGGGCUCUUGUUAAUUCUUUAUUAGUUGCAUUUGAAUCAUCAAAUCCAACAAAUCAUCCUUUAUUUCAAAAUUGCAUAGAAUUAACUGAUAGUGGUUAUACCAAACUCUUUUCAUGUUAUGAUAAAGGAAAAGAAAGACUUAAGCAAAUUUACAGGCAAGAGGUAUUGAGAAUUGAUCCCAUUAAUACAAAAGGAAGAAGAGCCAAAGAAGUAGUUAUAACUAAAACAAAAGAUAUAAAAAAUGCUGAGCGUACAUCUAAAAAAUGUCCACCUCAGUCUGAAGCAGGAUCAUCCACUGCCAUUACCACCACAACCACAACCACAACCACAACCACAACCACCACUACUGCAAAACCCAAAAAACCACGGCAUGUAACAACAGAAGAAGAAAAGUCUAUUUUGAAGCCUUAUUUUAAAAGUCCAAAGCCUAGCAAUGAAGAAAUUGAAAAGGUGUUAGAUUCACUUUUAGAAUUAUCACCAAAUUAUUGGACAAAGAAGAAAGUUAAGGCUGCAUGGGGAUAUGCACAAAAAAAAAAAUAG